AUGGCUGCUUCGGCCUCGCCUUCGCCAGGACGCGCUUCCGGAUCGCGUAGCGCAACACCGACAUCGCCAGUUUUGAAGGCUGCUGACCAGUCAGAUGUCAACAUGUCUGAUAGCUCCGACGAGGUGGAUGAGGAGAUCCUGCGACCAAGAGGCAGAUUUGCUGCCGGAAUGCAGUCAAAGAGCAACCCAGCUCCCGAAUCAGAGUCCGAAUCUGACCAAGAGAUGAGAGAUGAUACCCCGAAGCGACCAUCAGCGAAUUCUCUUGCCAGUGUGACCAAGAGUCUCGUCCAAGAUGACGAUGACGAAGAUGACGACGAGGUUGUAAUGACCCGCCCGAGAAAGUUACAGCAACGACAGCGAAAAAACACCGCGACACCCGAAUCCAAGCCACGAGAUGAACCCACCGCUGCCUCACCCGGCCUCUUCGUCUCUCCCGAGAAACAAACAGCCCAAACGCCCGAUUCCCCGGGCCUUUUUGUCUCCCCUGCGAAACCCUCGGGCCGUCCUGGAGAUGGGUUAGCAAGCGACGAUGAAGAGUUCCCCAGCAUCAGCAACCUCCAGAAGAACCCUCGCUUCCAGGCACUUGUGGAGAAGAAGCGCAAAGAGCGCGAGGCCAGAGAAGCCGAAGAAGAACGAAAGAAGACCGAACGACGGGCAGCAAUGGCAGCUGACGACCGAAUGUCCAUGGAUGAGGACGACGACAGCAACAUAUCCGACGACGAGGGCGGCCGAAAGCUUACACAAAAGGCUGGUACAAAGAAGCCAUCACAACGAAAGGCUAGCAAGAAGGCACUUGAGGAAAUGCACAGGGAGACACAACGCAUGGCAAGAGAGCUACAACUGGCACACGAACCCAAAGUCAAGAACAAGAUCACCAAGGCCACACUAUUUGAAAGGUUCAACUUUCGACCUGCUGGUGCCGCUGCUGCGACUACAGGAAAGCCAGCGAAAGAGUCUGUUGGGCCAGAGUCGCCGGCGACGUCACGGCCAAGUGAUACAGAAAAGGUGCCAGAGAAGGAGACACCCCCAAGCUCCCCUCCAGUGGGAAACAAGCAACCCGACAAGACAGUGGAAGAGCUCGCCACAUCCACCGGCGACCUCCUCAUACAAGAGAACUCGGACGGAGAACUGCCCACUUUCGAGCAAGCUCUCACUCAAAAGAAGAAGCUCGACAAGGGCAAAGGAAAAGCCACCGCCGCCGACUACGAAGCCGAAGUCACCGCUUCCCUCCCCAAAGUAAAACGCAACCUCCGCGUCAAACUCCCGCUCCAACCAUCCUCUAUCCAAGCCAACACCAUCUCCCUCGACGACGACGACGAAGAUGAUGACCUACAAGUCAAACCCCAAACCCGCAAAUCCAAAAUCGACGCCAUCUUCGAUCGCGUCCCCCUCAACCAAACCCGCGAACCGCGUUCCCUUCAAGUCCUCCGCAAACUCGCCCACAUCGACGACCCAGAGAAACUCCCCGCCGCUCCCCUGCCUAAAAACAAACAACACCUCUCCAAGCACCAGCCGCCCGCCAUGACGCCCGGUGCGCUCGAGAUGACGCUUAUCCAGCGCGCUAGAGCGCAAGCCAAGCGCGAGCGUGAGGAGCACUUGGAGAUGCUAAGAGCCAAGGGCGUGGUAGUCCUGACUGCCGAGGAGAGGGCGAAGGAGAUGCAGGAGGUGGAGGAUAUUGUUGCCAGGGCGAGGAGGGAGGCAGAGGAGAUUAUGAAGAGGGAGAGGGAGGAUGCGAAGGAGGAGAGGAGGAAGAGGAAGGAGAAUGGGGAGGAGGAUCCGUUGGGGUGGGAUGAUAGUGAAGAUGAUGAUGCGAGUUAUGUGGGAAGUGAAAAGGGGGAUGAUAACAAAGAAGAGCUGGAGGCGAUUGAGCUUUCAGGGAGUGAAGAGGAUGAGGAAGAAGAGGAAGGCGAAGGGGGGAAUGAGGAUGAGGAUGAGGAUAUGGCUGAGGCUGAUCCGGCUGGUGCACUCUUUGAUGAGAGUGCUGAUGAAUCUGGGAAAGACAACGCCGAUAAACAAAACGAGGAGGAGGAUAAGCUGCCUAGCACCAAAACUGUCCGCCGUCGGCCACGAAAACAAGUCGUUGUUCUCUCCGACGACGACGACGAGGAAGAGGAGGAGGAGCAAGUCGCUUCGUCUAAGCAGCGCAUCGAAGAAACUCCCCGACCAAAGCAGCGUUUCCCCAAAUCCCCAACAUCAGCCUUGCACUCCGGCUCUCCUAGCGUUCCCACCUCUGUCCUGCGUUCUGCGCGCAAGAGCUUCAUCCCCGGCCUGCCAGUCCCUGUCGCCGGUCCGGCCGGUCUCGGCCUCACCCAAAUCUUCGCCGGAACCAUGGAUGACAGCCAACCCGGCUCUCCCUCCCAAUUCGCCGGUAGUUCCCCCUCUCAACCUCGUCCGACCUUCGACAUCGACCUCACCGACAUCCCCGACUCCAACUUCUCCCAAACCGCGAGCCAGCAGCAGCCAGAAGACAAUAUGAUCCUCGACAGCCAACCCUCCCUCCCUACUCGCCCGCAGGCCGCCAAAGACAAGGAGGAGGAGACCCAGGCGGCAUUGGAAACCCAGGGCGUCCAGCUCGGCUUCUCCCAGUCCGAGUCGCAGAUGCACGGCUUCGACAGCUUGCUGAACCACCCGGCGUUUAAUAUGACGCAAGGGUCGGAGCUGAUUGAGCCGACGCAAGACCAGGGGUACAAGGAUUAUACCCCGUUGAAGCAGAGGUUUGUUGAUGCGCCGUUGCCGCCGCGUUCGACGGUUGAGACGGUAUUAGUUGGUGGGAAUAGGAGUAGUGGUUCGCUUAUGACUGCCUCAAACUCGACACCUGGUGGAAGCGGAAGUGCUGGUAGUGUUGGGGAGAAUAGUCCGUCGGGGAAGAGGCCGUUGGGGAGGUUGAGAAGAAGGGGGGAUGUGAUUACUGGGUCUGCAUUGUUCAAUGCGUCGACUUUGGAUGAGGAGGAGGAAGGAGACGGUGAUGAGGAGAUGGGGGAUGCUGGUGACGAUGACCGUGAGGCUGAGAAGGCCAAGUCGGCCUUUGAGAAGAUGAAGAGAGCUGCGGAAAGGGAGAAGAGGAGGAAGGAGGCAAAGAAGAAGAGCAAGGCGAGGGAGAUGGUGGAAGAGCAGGCUGAAGAGUCUGAGGAUGAGUAUGCGGGGUUGGGAGGCAUAGAUGGAGAGGGUAGUAGUGAUGAGGAGGAUGAGGAGUUGGUCAAAGAGAUGAUUGAUGAUGAGACGAAGGCUGGGGAGGGCGAUGAGAGAAAGUUGGCUGCCUUUUAUGCCGACCGUGAACGUGCCUCGGACGAGAAGCAAGUUGAGAAGCUUUUCCAUGAUAUCACCACGGGAAUGCUCCGUCGCAAGCGCGCCCGCGGCGAAGGCGGCGAUUGGAAUGACCUCUCAGACGAAGACGACGGCGGCGAGGCCCGUCGCCGGAUGAAGAGGCGACAGUUUGCCAAGAUGCAGCGGGCUCUUUUGGCCGAUGAGCGUAUCAGCAAGGUCGCCGAGAACCCGAAAACGAAGGCGUUCCUCAGGUCCAUCGAGGAUCGCGGCAGCGACGAUGAGAUGGAUUUCCUCUUUGGUCCCACGGACAAGCCAUCUUCGGUCAUCCCUGCGACGCAAGACUCACAGUCCUCUAGUAAAGACCAGACCAUCCCGGCUACCCAGCCGCAGACGACAACUUCCACAAAUCCCCGCCGCACCAAGAGCGGUCGCAAACCAGCUAACCUGGGCGAAAUCCGCGAGAGUUUGUCUAACCUUCUAGACGAACCACACACUUCCUCCGUCAUCCCCGCCACCGUCCUCGGUUCCGACGACGAAGAAGAAGAGGAGGACAGCAUCCCCGCCACUCCCGGCAAGGAGAAGAAUAACGCGCCACCAUCUAAACCCGCCGCCAACCCUCGCCGCACCGGCUCAUUAGCCAUCGUGGACCGUAUCUCCCUCAAGCGCAACUCCUCCUCCUCCACCUCCACCUCCGCCUCUUCGACAUCAAACCAAUCCAAACUCGCCUUCGCUGCUCCUUCUUCAUCCUUGUCUCAAUCAGCAUUCAAGGUCCCCGCCUUGCUCCGUCGGGCCACCACCAACUCCUCUGCUGCCUCUUUAUCUAGCACCACCACCACCACUCCUGGUCCCUCGGUAUCCGUCUCUACGACGACUAACCCGUAUACCAACAGCAAAGCGGCGGGCGCGAGUGGGUUUGGUGAGGAUGUCAAGAUUAAGCGGACGGCGGGCAAGAUGUCGGGUAUCAAUUAUUUUGCGCGAGAGAACGAGAGGAGGGCGAAGGUCGCGGAAGCGGAGACGAGGAGGCAAGCGAGGAGGUGGAAGGGGGUGGAGGGGAGGGGGGCAAGUGUGAGGGGGUUGCUUGGGAAGGGAGAGUUUGAGUAGUUUUUUUUCUGCCUUUU